AUGGUAACUGAAGUCCCGGCGCAGCCUCAGGCAUCUCUGGAAGCUCCGCUGCCGGAACCAGAGCAACCGUCUUCGUCGGAAAUGGACGCUGAUGCAACCGUUCAGUCCGCCAUCCGCUUCUUGAAAGAUCCACGCGUGCAGCGCUCGCCAGUCGAGUCGCAGAUCCGUUUCCUAAAGGGUAAAGGCGUGUCAGAUGGACAGAUCACGUACGCCUUCGCUAAGGUAGGAAGGACAGUCACAGCGGAGAAGAUUGCUUCUGUUCGUGCCCCGCCCACCAACGCAGCACCACCCGGUGCUACGGCGACGGCGCGCGCCACCCCUCUUUCUGUACAACUCAAGGCGGCGCGGCAACACGCGCCAGUGGCCAUGACACCAGGCCCGCAGUACACACAAACGCUGUUUCCUUACUUGCCCCCACCACCGCAGGUGGAGCGACAGACGAAGACGAUGGACUGGCGUGACGUCGUGAUUGGCGCCGGCGCCGCCAUGCUUGCCGGGUUUUCUGCGUACAAACUCUUCAACCGCUACUCCCCUUACGAAUUUCGUCGCAAGUCGGAUAAGAAGCCGCGGUUGCAUCACGGGUCCUCCUCGCGGCCCCGCCCCGCCAACAACGCGUCUUCGGGGAGCGAAACAGAUGCGUCAUCAACGCCGCAGCGUGGCUGUGUGCUUCCGCUGCCGCCACCGCCACCGACGGCUGCCGCUGCUGAGCCAAUCGUGUCGGCCGCCUCACCAGCCGCCCUCACCGAGGAGGUGAAGAAGCUGCAGACGGAGCUGGACGAGGCCAAGGAGGCGCUGGCCAAUGAGCGGAAGAAAUGCGCCGACCUCGCCGUGAGCGCGGCGAAGAUCCGCGCGGACAAGCAGCAGCUGAGUAGGGCCAACGAUCGGCUCACUCAGCAGAUUGACAGUCUCAAGAAGGAUAUAGAACGACUGGAGGGGGAGAAGAGCGCUGCCACCGGCGAGGCGACGCAGACAGCGGCGGCCCCCGCGCCUCCCUCAACGUACUUCCCAUCGGUGACGACGGAGGGCGAGCAGGCGCGAAAUUCACCAGCGGUGACACCGGUGACGCGCGCAUCCGCGCCGACUUCUGACGUGGUGCCUGUUCUGCCCGUCAUCCCAUCACCUGAGGCGACAGCGAUCGCUGCUGCCGCUCCUGCCAUGCAGGACCCUAUCACGGGGGCUGCCCAGGUUGCACCCGCGUCCGUCGCUGCUGCCGCGCCGGCUCCUGAGUCAUCCCCGGCGGUCGUUGCGGCGUCCACCCCCCAUGCGGAUCCCACGGCUCCUCUCGCUACUUUCACGGAGGUGGCCGCGUCCCUCCUUCCCACCCGCAGCGCAGAACCGCCGAAGGCAGGUGAUGGCACUCCGAUGUCGAUUGGCUAA